UCUGUCCCAGAACAGACUUAAAAGUGCUUUUGGUCUUUUGGAACAUACAUACCUACAAAAACAUGAACAAAAUGUUUCCAGAGGACCAUUAAAAUGGAAAUGUAUUAAAAAUACUUCCUUGUUUAUGCAGAUGUAUAAAGUUCUCUUAAUAGCAGUGACUGACUACUGCCAGUAUCUUUCUGACCUUUUUUUAAAAUGUCUUCUUAAUGUAUCCCUUUUACAGAGCUCCAAUUGUAGUGGUGGGCAGCAUGUGUCUCUAGUUUCAGUGUUUAAUCUGGAUAUGAAAGUGACUUUCCAACCUGGGAAGCUGAGAAGUCUUUAAACUAUUGUGGAGAUGUUGCUGUUACUCACCGUUUAAAUACCUAUGAGCUUAUGUCACUUUCUUCUUUGGAAAGUUCAUGUUAAUUACAAACAUUAUCCGUUUAGGCAAAUAUUAGCGAUUUCUUUCAGAUGUAGUCAUCACAAAUUGCUGGUACUCUGACCUCAUUUAGAGAAACAAUUUGGGUAACAGCUUGAAGUACAGGAAAAAGAGAUGCACUAACAAGCUUAAUGUCUGAGUAGCCCCAUGCUUGAAAUGGUGCUUUUGUGUUUGCACAACAUAAGGUUUGCAAACCAGAUGCUUCUAAUAGAUAUGUACUAAAAUGAUAAACAUUUGAUUAAACAUGCUGGAAAACCAUUUGUCACAGUUUACCAUAGCUGUUUUUGUACUUCAGGCUGAAGCAUGCAGUACCUAAUGACAUACACAGUCACAGUGAAUCAUAUUUGUUUGCGCUUCUUGAACACAAAUGCAAAUAUGUUAGUGUCUCAAGUCAUGAUUAUUGCCUUGGCAUUCAACUGUAAAUGCAGAGAAAAGUCCUACUUAACCAGAGUCAAUAGAACAAGAAUAAACCUACACACCUUAAGGUUUCAGAGGAACUUUGGGGGUUUUGUAGUGUUUAUAAAGCAGUCAAAUAUGCUUACAAAAUCAGUAACUCAGUCAGCGGUAUUGUUCCACAUAGAAGGCCAGGUUUCUGAUGGCUUAGGAGCAAUACAGCUGAGUGAUCUGUGACCUUUAGGGUGAUGAAGCCUGAUGGGAGCAUGUAGUAGUGCUAAAUGUUUUGCAGGUGAAUAGUAUCCCCACCGUGCAGCUCUGAGCACUUGGUGUGCAGGGUAGGCAGGAUGGGGGAAAAUAAAGGUCUGUUGAUACUUUAUGAAAACUGCUGGUGCUUAACUUUCAGCAGGGUUAUCAUCUACUGCUAAAUAAAUAUUUAGUUAAUCACUAUUGACUGUAUCACAAACAAGUCUGCUAGGAAGUAAUACUUCAUUAUUUCUAACCAACUCUUGAAAAGCCAUGGUAUUUUCUUGUUGCAAUUACAGCUCAUGUAGAAGUAGGACUUGUUUGCCUGCUAUCUUAUUCCAUGUGUCUUUGCAUAGGAAAACUUGCUAAGAACAUUAACUUCAGCUGUUUAUAGGGCGAGAGUAUUUAGCUGCCAGAUUGAUAUUUUUCGUUAUAGUUACUGUGCCUUUGUCUUAACUCCACCACAAACUUCUUUCACUCAACAAAUGGUUUUAAAAAGGGAAUUAAAAAAAAAACCAAACCCCACACUGCUUCCAUGGCUCUUGCCGAGGGAUGUGGUUCCUUACAAAUGCUCUAUCAAAAGUGAAGUUGCAUCCCAUCCUCUGUUUACCAGUAAAUAAAAGUUAAUGAUUUUUGCUAAUGGAAUUCAGUAAGUCUAUGCAGACUAAACCCAUACAUCUGUUCUGUUUGGCUACAGAAGGCAGUUAAGAUAGAAUAAAUGGAAAGCUAAUUCAUAUUGAGAUUAUGGAACAGAAACUUCUGUCUUCCAGUUCACUGUUCUAUACUUAAUAUUAAAAAUCUGCAAAACUGUAAAAAUACUGCUAUCCACUGCCACUCAAACUUCUUUUAUUUUUAUACGCGUGAAUCGCUUUCAGGGUCUGGAGUAGUUUGGUACCAAAGAAACCUUUUGUUUCAAUUUAAGGUUGCUGUCAGACUCCAUCCUAAGAAAUAUUAUGUGGGAAGUACUACGCAAUAUGCUGUAAGUCACACUGAGUUUGAUGUCUUUUUCAGCUGCUUCUAAAAAAAGGAAGGGCUCACAGGAGUGGGUCUUUUGAGUGAAGAUGGAUGUAAAUUAAUAAACAGAAGUGGACCUAAUCUCAGUCAUAUUUUCUUAAUGAACACAUAUUUCUCUCUGUGCCUUCCAUCCAGAGGAGCUGGUCAGGUUUAUGAUGUAGAUUGAACCCUCUUGACACUGUUGGUUGUAGUAGAGAGGCAAGCAUAGAAGUGUGAGGACUGCAGUGCCUCCUGUGUUUCAUUGCAGUUCUUUCCCUGCCCUUCUAGGUAUGGACGGUAGGAGAGGAAAUCUUUGCUCUUUUUCAGUAGAACUGAAGAUUGAUCUUGCUGCAGCAGAGAGUUACUUCCGAAACCCAAGGUGACAUGCCUGGGGGAGAUCAGCACCAGGAAAGGUCCAGUAUCUAUCUGAAUUACAGCUCUGCUGCACAGCUGCUCGUGUUAGAUGAAGAUUCAGACUAGACCAGAGUGCGGAACACCUGGAUUCACUCUGCUCGGGCUUCUUGUCUGUGUGCCAGCACUUCCUGUUUUUAAAGAUCCUGUUUACUGUCAGUGUUCCAGAUAUCCCAGGAAGGCGGGAGGGUGGGAAGAAACACGGAAAGAAAACAACAUUAUUCAAGUAAUUCCACAGAAGUUUAAAAAAGCUUAUUUGGGGAUAUACCUGUGACUGAUACUGUCAGUUUGAUAGAGAAUCCAGAAAACUAUAUAACCUGCACGAGUGCUCAGUAAAUCAAAAUCUAUAAACACAGCUGGAUUGUUUGUUGAGUAGAAGACUUUUUCUUAAGGUUUAUGCCUAUGAAUCACUGCUUGAAAAACUUCCCAUACGAAGUUAUCUAAAGACUUAAAAAUGCCUCCACGACCAUCAUCUGGUGAACUAUGGGGCAUCCACUUGAUGCCACCGCGGAUCCUUGUGGAGUGUCUUCUCCCAAAUGGAAUGAUAGUGACUCUAGAAUGCCUCCGUGAGGCCACCUUACUAACUAUUAAACAUGAACUCUUUAAGGAAGCAAGAAAAUAUCCUCUCUAUCAGCUCCUUCAAGAUGAAUCUUCUUAUAUUUUUGUAAGUGUUACACAAGAAGCAGAAAGAGAAGAAUUUUUUGAUGAAACGCGGAGACUUUGUGACCUGCGACUGUUUCAGCCUUUUCUAAAAGUUAUUGAACCAGUAGGUAACAGAGAAGAAAAGAUUCUCAAUAGAGAAAUAGGUUUUGCUAUUGGAAUGCCUGUCUGUGAAUUUGACAUGGUUAAGGAUCCAGAAGUACAAGACUUCAGAAGAAAUAUUCUUAAUGUUUGUAAAGAAGCAGUGGAUCUUCGAGAUGCCAAUGCACCACAUAGUAGAGCAUUAUAUGUCUGUCCUCCAAAUGUAGAGUCUUCACCUGAACUACCCAAACAUAUAUACAAUAAACUAGAUAAAGGGCAAAUUAUAGUUGUGAUAUGGGUAAUAGUCUCACCAAACAAUGAUAAGCAGAAAUACACCUUAAAAAUCAAUCAUGACUGUGUGCCUGAGCAAGUUAUUGCUGAAGCAAUUAGGAAGAAAACACGAAGUAUGUUGCUGUCAUCAGAACAACUGAAACUUUGCGUCUUGGAGUACCAAGGCAAAUACAUUCUAAAAGUGUGUGGCUGUGACGAAUACUUGCUAGAAAAAUAUCCACUGAGCCAGUAUAAGUAUAUAAGAAGCUGUAUAAUGCUUGGCCGCAUGCCCAAUCUGAUGCUGAUGGCUAAGGAAAGCCUCUAUACCCAGCUGCCACUGGACACCUUUACAAUGCCAUCUUAUUCCAGGCGUAUCUCUACAGCUACACCCUACAUGAAUGGAGAAGCUACAGCCAAAUCCCUCUGGACUAUAAACAGUGCUCUCAGAAUAAGAAUCCUCUGUGCAACCUAUGUAAAUGUGAACAUUAGAGACAUAGACAAGAUCUAUGUAAGAACAGGUAUCUACCAUGGAGGGGAACCUUUGUGUGACAAUGUGAAUACUCAGAGGGUACCUUGUUCUAAUCCCAGGUGGAACGAAUGGCUAUUGUAUGACAUGUACAUUCUUGAUCUUCCACGUGCUGCUCGCCUGUGCCUUUCUAUCUGUUCUGUUAAAGGCCGGAAGGGCGCAAAAGAGGAGCACUGUCCAUUGGCUUGGGGAAAUAUAAACAUGUUUGAUUACACAGACACUCUUGUAUCUGGGAAAAUGGCUUUGAAUCUUUGGGCAGUACCUCAUGGCCUGGAGGAUUUGUUAAAUCCUAUUGGUGUUACUGGAUCAAAUCCAAAUAAGGAAACUCCAUGUCUAGAGCUGGAAUUUGAUUGGUUUAGCAAUCCUGUGAAGUUUCCAGAUAUGACAGUGAUUGAAGAGCAUGCCAAUUGGACUAUAUCACGUGAACUGGGGUUUAACUACAGCUAUGCGGGGCUGAGUAACAGAAUAGCUAGAGAUAACGAAUUAAGAGAAAGUGACAAGGAGCAACUGCGAGCUAUAUGUACACGAGAUCCUUUGUCUGAAAUCACUGAGCAAGAGAAGGACUUCCUCUGGAGCCACAGACACUAUUGUGUGAAUACUCCAGAAAUUCUGCCCAAAUUACUUCUGUCUGUUAAAUGGAAUUCUAGAGAUGAAGUGGCCCAGAUGUACUGUUUGGUGAAAGAUUGGCCUCCAAUCAAGCCAGAGCAAGCAAUGGAGCUUUUAGACUGUAAUUAUCCAGAUCCAAUGGUGCGAGCUUUUGCAGUUCGGUGUCUAGAGAAGUACUUGACAGAUGACAAACUGUCUCAGUACUUAAUCCAGCUAGUACAGGUUCUGAAAUAUGAACAAUACUUGGAUAAUCAGCUUGUGAGAUUCUUACUCAAGAAGGCACUGACCAAUCAAAGAAUAGGACACUUCUUCUUCUGGCAUUUAAAGUCUGAAAUGCACAAUAAAACUGUAAGUCAGAGGUUUGGUUUACUUCUGGAGUCCUAUUGUCGAGCGUGUGGAAUGUACCUAAAACAUCUGAGCAGGCAGGUGGAGGCUAUGGAGAAGUUGAUUAACCUCACUGAUAUUCUCAAGCAGGAAAAAAAAGAUGAGACCCAGAAGGUACAGAUGAAGUUUCUUGUUGAACAAAUGAGGCGGCCAGAUUUUAUGGAUGCUUUACAAGGUUUUAUCUCCCCUCUUAAUCCUGCGCAUCAACUGGGAAAUCUUCGGCUUGAGGAGUGCAGGAUAAUGUCAUCUGCAAAAAGGCCACUGUGGUUGAACUGGGAAAACCCAGAUAUUAUGUCUGAAUUGUUAUUUCAGAACAAUGAGAUAAUCUUUAAAAAUGGAGAUGACUUGCGUCAGGACAUGCUGACACUUCAGAUAAUUAGAAUUAUGGAAAACAUCUGGCAAAAUCAGGGCCUGGAUCUUCGGAUGUUGCCUUAUGGUUGUUUGUCUAUUGGUGACUGUGUGGGACUCAUCGAGGUAGUCAGGAGCUCUCAUACCAUCAUGCAGAUUCAGUGUAAAGGAGGUUUAAAAGGAGCAUUGCAGUUCAACAGCCAUACAUUACAUCAGUGGCUCAAGGACAAGAACAAAGGAGAAAUGUAUGAUGCAGCUAUUGACUUGUUUACACGUUCUUGUGCUGGCUACUGCGUUGCUACCUUUAUACUGGGCAUUGGUGAUCGCCACAAUAGUAACAUCAUGGUAAAAGAUGAUGGACAACUGUUUCACAUUGACUUUGGGCACUUCCUGGAUCACAAGAAGAAAAAAUUUGGUUAUAAAAGGGAGCGUGUGCCAUUUGUCUUAACACAGGACUUCUUAAUAGUGAUUAGUAAAGGAGCCCAAGAAUGUACUAAAACAAGGGAGUUUGAAAGGUUCCAGGAGAUGUGUUAUAAGGCUUAUCUAGCAAUUCGGCAGCAUGCCAAUCUCUUCAUAAAUCUUUUCUCCAUGAUGCUUGGCUCAGGAAUGCCAGAACUGCAGUCCUUUGACGAUAUUGCGUACAUUCGAAAGACCCUUGCAUUGGACAAAACAGAGCAGGAAGCUCUGGAGUACUUCAUGAAGCAAAUGAAUGAUGCUCACCAUGGUGGCUGGACAACAAAAAUGGACUGGAUCUUUCACACAAUAAAACAACAUGCUUUGAACUGAAGUGAAAGCAAAGAAAACAACAACUGAUAGCCCACUUUGUGGGUACUGCACUGUCAAUACCCGUUAGCAGCAAAGACUGGUUGCAUAGGAAUUGCACAAACCAUGAACAACAUCUGAAUUUAUGGCAAGAAAAGAGAUGAACUGUUCAGACAACUGUUGAAAAAUAAUGUAAAACAGGGUUUCAGAUAGCACUAAAAUUGUACACUUCAAAAAUUAAGCUUUAGUAUGAUGUGUGACUUCAUGUUAUGCCUUAAGCCCAAAAAGGUAAACUCGGAAGAACGUUUCCUUUUUUCAUUUGAUAGGAUAAAUUAGAAGGAGAAAGAAAAUAGUGCUAGUGUGAACAUAGAGUCCAUCACAUAUUACCUUAGAUCUGGUACAGCAGGUAGAGCCUAUGCUGGAUUGAGAAGAGUAGAAAGAGAAUUCAAGUGAUAGCGAAUAUUUGAAAGCAGCAUAGGUUGAAGGGAAGGAGUCUUAAGCUCAAAGAUCUAAAAACAGUAGUGAGAGGACAGUGCCUUUUAAAUGUGCUCAGAGGCAUUAACAGUUACGGGGUUUAGAUGACCCUUUGAUUUCUGGGUCUGCCAUCUGCACAGUGUCUGAAAGCAGUAGGAAAUAGGCCCACUUGGUAUGGUGUUUCUUCUGCUCAGUAUUUCUAGAGGUGCAAUUCAUACCUUCACAAAGAAACUCCCUAUCAUCCCCCAAAACUGACUAACCUGGAAAUUGAAUGGUCAGAAUUGGGUUUAGUGCAACAGAGAGUUGUAGUGUUCAUCUUAGGUUUGCUUUAAUCUAACUUGAACUGAAUAGAUUUUUUUCAUACAUGUUUUCCAGAACCUAAAGAAAGGUGAGUUAUUAAAAUUAUUGAAAGAUUAUUUUUUUAUAAAGGCUAUUUAUAUAACAGGAACUAUUAUUAAUAUAUAUUCUUUAUUUACAUGAUUUGUCCAAUAUUCACUCUUUUAAUUUUGCAGCCCAGUUCUAUCUGUCCAAGGCUCCCGUUUCCAUUAACGUCACUGAAGGUGACCCAAUAUACUCCUAGGACCAAAUUCAACCCUGGUGAAAGAGGACACAAGUACCAUUAAAGUAGUGGGACAUACACCCACUAAUGCCAGAGGUGAACUUGGCCUAAGUCUCUUCAAAAAUUUUCAGGCAUCACUCUUCAUGUUACCGAAGUGAUAUGCUGGCUAUUCAAGGAACGUACAUUUAAACCCUCAAUCUUUGGGUCCACCAUUUCUCCGCUUUCUUCUUCCUUUGGAAGUGGUUGUUUAAUCCAGUAACAGAUACAUCAGAAAGAGAAAUUUAGGUUUUUCAAUAUGAUCAGUAAUAAGCAGUUCAACAUACAGCAGAUACGUUGGCUAGCUCAAAGCAUGUGGAGUUACCAAACAUUUUAUAGCUUUGUCUGUUUUGUGUGUGUGUGUAAUAUAUAUUUGUAAAUCUAGUUGUUGUCCUCUAACACAAUACAAUGUGUGCAAUCAAUUAAAUUGGCACCACUUUUUGAAACUGUUCAGAGUACUGAAGAUUUCAGAUUGCCCUUAUGCACAGCUUCAGGUAGGAGUGUUUUUCUAUUUAUUAAACAGGUUUUUUUAAUUAGUGAAGCCUGCAAUUCUGAGGGUGAUGUUCACCCUAAUAUUUUAACUUGCUAGAUCAGCAGCACUUGGAGUGAAUUGCAGAGGUCUGGGGUUUUCGGGGGUUCAGCUUGUUCGCUUGCAAACAUGCACCAAGGUGCCACUCAGAAAGUGCAAUACCCCAUGUAAUAUAAAAUAUGCUGACAGUUGGUGUUAGAUUAGAAUAUAAGUAUAUAAAUAAACUGUACUUUGUGCAGGCUGUAUUGAUGAGGUAAUGAGUGGUUGGCUUGAUUUAGAAAAUUGUAAUUAUUGAAAAUGUGCAAUCGAUUACAUUAUGAAAGACUUCGGGGAUUGUAAAGCCAAGACUUUGGUCUUUCGAGACACUUUCAUAGUCAAGAUCCUGCAGUCAAUUACUGCACACACGGAUACUUGAUGCUGUGGUGGGGGGGGGAACCUGUUUUUGUGAAAACUACAAAAGUUCCAAGAAUAGUAUGAGGAAGGUGAAGUUGUAUUUCCUUAGUUCUGCUAAAUAUUUUGGAGUAGUCCAGUACUCUUUGUUACAUCUUCCUUCUUGUUCAUACAAAUAUUUUAAUUCCUGCUAACCUUGGUCUUACUUUCUAGAGCAAAAUUACCCUUUUAUGUAUUACUUAGCAGUCAACACACUCUAAAGGUUCAGCUCUCUUAAAACAUGGCUUGGUUUCAAUUUAAAUUUAGCUCACAAUCUGAAACCCUGUUAGCUAUAACUCUUAAUUUAACUGAGUGAAACUGUUGCACAAAUGCCACAUUAGGUGCUAUAUUAUCCUUAUUUAUCUUGUAUUGAAACAUUGCUUUACCUCAUUUAUCUAAGAGAUGGUCAGCCUUUUCCAGCCUGAAUGAAGAUAUCAACUCAAAUUUAUUGGAUGUUAUGAGUCCAACUUCUUUUGUAUUUUGCUCCUUCCUAGCCAUUUAUUUCUGUAAAUAUAAGUAUAGAUGUCUUUCAGUUCAAGCAUGGUGUUCUGCACGAACAGAAAGAUAUGAGGAAUCGGGCUCUAUUUCCAAAAGUUACUGCAACUAACUGCCGUGCACAUGCUGUAGAAGUUGUGAACAUCAAGUAGUAAAAGAAAGAAGUAAAAGGAAGACUUUAUAAUGAUGAUAUGAUUUGGGAUAAUUAGCGACUUGAAAAAAUAGAAGCUCAUGGACUUUAAGCAGUUCUUACCAUAAUCAGAGUGGGCAUUUGAAAAACAUUCUGCCACUGUUUCAAAACAAAUAAAUAAAUCCUUUUAGCUUCAAAGUGUUUAACCCUAAUUACCUUAUCCUGUUGUGCCAGUUAUGUGCCGAUGUAACUUAACUGAAGAUAGUGGAGGUACUGUUUACUUACAUUGAUGUAAAUAAGAGGAUGGCAUCUUUUCUCAGUAUCAGAAAUAAGAUCUGCUUAUAGACUGUGAAAUCACCUCUAACUGAGCUUCAGAUUUUUACAGAGAUGGCUUGGAAUUUUUAUUUUAUUUUUUAACUGUUUGCACUUCAUGGAGAUUCAAAACCGUUCGCUUUAUUCUGAGAAUCAGUUGCACAAAACAUGAACUAGCUUAUUUUGAGCUUGAAUUGAAUCUGAACACCUUGCUUCUGCAAAACUUUGUAGUAGGACUACCAGAGCAAGGAGCUCAGGACUGGGCCAUGUGUUUUAAUACAAAGCAUUAGGAAAUGGUGAUUUAGGGAAAUACAAAUUUUAAAACAGUAACUUUCAACUGUGAAACUACAUUUGAUUUAAUGACAGAACAGGCUGCUGAUUAUUAUUUUUUCUUAAAAAUAAGUUCUUUGCUUUCCUAAAAGUAGCAGAAAAAGCAGCUGUACUGACUUCUACAUGCACGCUUUUCUGUUCCAAAAGGGUGCAGUAGCAGUUUUUUCAUAAGCAAAAUGGACUUUCAGUAUUUUUUUUUUUCUUUUUUAAUUAAAGCAUUUAAAUAAAACCAAAAUUGUUAGUGGUUUGGCAUCUUGUGGAGAAGAUAUAAGCCUGCAUAUUAAGGGCAAUAUAGAGAUUACCAAGCUUGUAGAGAACUUUGUAUGUGAUGACCCUGCUGUUGGCGGGUUUGGAGGGUUGGGUUUGGUUUUUUCCAGCUUUCUUUUUUAUGUAAAAUAUUAAAUGCCCUUCCAGUGGUCAGUAGGCCAUGGUUGUUGACAGUUUGAAGGUAUUUUCUUUGCUUUGUCAUUUUUAUAACUGGCAUGUUCCAACGUCUGUUCUUCAGAAUAAUUGUGAAUUCCUCCUGUUUUGCAUGUCUGUACAGGUUGCAGACCUGGGCUGGACCCAUUCAAAAAACAAGUAUCAAAAAAGCCACUUGAAAUUACUAUUUUGUUGAUGUCUUUGACAUCUUGAAAAUGGUGUGGUAUUACAGAAAGAAUUGUAACUUGCUGCUUCAAAGAUUUUUUUUAUUUUUUUUUUUUAAACUUUUCUCGUUUUAGUUUUACUUGAAUGGAAGAAGAACCACACUUGGGGUUUUUUGUGGUUUGUUUUGCUUUUUCUUUUUAAAUACUAUAUAGCUGUGGAUGUUGCGGAUUGAUGAAUCCCGAUUUCAUUUCGCAAUACAUGUUUCAUACAUAGAACGAAUUUGGAUCUUUUUUUUUUUUCAUGCUGAAAGUUGUCUCAGUUUCAGUAGGGCUCUGUCUGUCCAAAAUGAUAUGUAGCUCACCACCCCUGCUGUUGCUUGUGGGUGGUUUGGGUUGGGUUUUUUUGGUUUUGUUUUAUUUUUUUACAUCUGUGUUAACGAAGGGAAGCCAACUGGAAACUGAAUAUAAAAGUUCUUUAUCUGUAUACACUUGCCAAAUCUACAGGUGCUCUGGUCUUUGAGGAAAUUCUGAUUUCACUUUAUGCUCAUGUAACACUGAUUUCAUCAGAAUCACUCUGGAUUCACAAUAGCAUAUGAAAUCAGAAUUAGACUAUAUGUAUAUUAAAGUUCCAGAUUGUUUAUUCACGUGAUGCAGUGUGAAGUGUUCUUGUAAUGAGAGGAAUGUUUGCUAGCAGCCCAGUUAAACACUUGACAAUUUUACUUUGAAAUAGUCUUUAUUAACUAGCCUUUUCAGCUCUCCAAUUCAUAACUACUGUGAUGAUGUCUAUAGUUAUUUUGUUCCUGAGACUUCCAGGAUUUUUAUUGUUUGCUAGCUUAAAUGUUUCCUCUUCCUGCUCUUUCAUAGUAUAAAGACUUGUAGAACCCACACUCAGGAAAAAUAGUUGUUCUUAAUUUGCAUUACAGUAUUCUUGACUUCUGAACUUUAUGGGAUAGACUCUCAAAAGGAUGAGGUCUUGCUGUAUUAGCACUCCUGAUUCAAAAACAGAGGUGGAUCCCUCUGUCCCUGUCUCUUCCUUUCCCUCUCCAACACCCCUCUCCCCUAAAAAGGGACAUGCCCAUAGCAUAUCCCUUUAAGAACAACAUAAAAUAUUUGUAAGAUAAGAUCAACUGAAGCAAUGCUCUGCCUGUACUUUGAAGCUAGAGUCCACAUUGGUUUUUAUAAAUGUGUUGUAAGUUUAAGUGUCCUUACUGUCACUUCUGUAUGUGAUGCAAUAUUCCUUUGGCAUAAGGAAGGCCAAAAAUACGCUGUUCUAUCUUGACUCUUUCUGAAAUUCUGGUGCCAGAUCCCCAGUAGCUAUUAAACUGGUUUAAGAACCAUUUAGUUAAGUGUAACUGCAUAAAUUUUGUUAGGAUCCUGUUCUAGUAAUAAAGUUAAUCACAGUUAAACCUGACUUAAUUCUAUUGCUGAAGUUAUAGAAAGCCUAAUUUGGGCAGAAGCUGUUUCUCCUGAGAAUCUUGUCUGUUGUAGUUUAAUCCUUGAGAGCCAAAACAUGGAUAUUCAUAGCUGCAAUCUCAUUCGGCUUUGUUUCUUUGGUUUAACUACUUUUAAUCUGUUUCCAGGCUUUAGUAAUAGUGUUCUGUUCCCUGAAUUAGCAGUUGCCUUAGGCUGUCCAAAGUUGUCUUAUGGUUUCAUUUGGGGCAGGGGAAAGAAAAGGAAAAGAUGGAGAUGAAUCCUCCUCUUGUCUUGUAGGCACUGUGGUCCAAAUUCUUCAUUUUCUCUUGUAAAGAUAAAUUUAUAACUCAUGAUUUGGGAGUAUCAUCCUUUCCCAUUGCCUCCUUGUGCCUCUGCAAGUUCUAACUGAAUAUCCACAUACUUUCUCCAACACGGAAGUGGAUUUUGAUAAGGAUUUAAAAUGUCUGCAGGCAGCAGUCUGACAUCUGGGUUCUCAGGCUUGAAAAUUUGAAAGUAUUGUUAUUGUAACUGGCACCACAACUGCAAGGAUUUCCAGAAUCACAUUGAAUUGUUGAGGUUGGCAGAGAUUGUCUAGUCCAGCCACCCAGUUUUGAAGCAGGGUCACCAAGAGCAGGUUGCCCAGGACAUUGUCCAGUUGGGUUUAGAGUCUGUCCAA